UGUAUCACCACUAUAUCAUCUUAUUAUGGAUUUGACCUAUAAUGGGGGAACCCAAAUGUUAUUGCUUUUACAAUGUUGCUCGGUAUUUUUUUUAAGGAUACUGAAUUUUUUUCACGGGUUUUGAUGUAUGCGCCGGUAAGCGGUUUGGAUAAAGGAUGGGUCGAUGCGCUUGUAAAUAGAUGACGACAGGGGGGACUAUAACAGGAAGAAGAACAUGGCGGUGAACGGAAGUGUCAGCAUGGUUUUAACUUUUGAAAAUGACUUUUCGUAACUUUCCCUGUGUUGUUCUGUUUAUACACAUGCUGAUCGGGCAUUGUGUGUUUGCUGUCAGCGCAACAGACUGUAGACCGGAAGAAUAUCAAACAAGCGACGGGCUGUGCUGCCCUAUGUGUAAAAAAGGCUCUGUUGUCAGAAGACACUGCACUGAGGAAUCAGGCACGAGGUGUACACCCUGUGGAGUGGGUACCUUCCUGAACAAACCGAAUGGUCUGACAACGUGUGACACCUGUAAAAGCUGUGAUCCAGGUCAGGGUCUGUUUGCCCAACAGGAGUGUAAUUCAACAAGCAACACGGUCUGUGGUGUUUUAGAUGGAUACUACUGCACACAUGACACGUCUCAAUCAGAGUGUACCAUUGCAGUGAUGCAUACUCGCUGUUCACCUGGCCAGAGGACCAAAACACCUGGAACCAAGAAAACUGAUACAGUUUGUGAAGACUGUGAGCCGGGCCAUUUUUCACCGAGUGGUAUGAACUGCACUGUUUGGACAAAAUGUUCUGAUGGACAAGUCGAGAUCAAAGAGGGAAGUGGAACACAAGAUGCUGUUUGUGAGGAUGAAAAUAAACCAAGACACCAUUAUUAUCUAAUGCUGCCGCCAAUUAUCACAAUAUCUUUAUUUCUCAGUCUACACAAGAAAUACAAACAGCAGAGAAAGGCUGGCACGAGUUGACACAAGGCACAACACGAACUGGCACAGAGACUAAACACACAGGACUUAACAAGAAACAGGUGCUUCCAAUCUGGACGAGGCAGGCAAUCAGGCAGGAGGACACAGGGUAGGGCAGGUCUAGACAACUGGCGGCCCGCGGGCCAAAUCCGGCCCGAUGAUUAUUUUUUUCUGGCCCUUUGAUCAAUUGUUAUUACAAAAUGAAAAAUUAUAAUGCAUUUCCCCGCGAAGAAAAAUAAUGUUUUGGGCAAGAAUGCGCUCCCAUUCAAUUUCCCCCAAUGGGAGACUGCUUUGUCCCGCCCCUAACUGCCCCCAACGCUCCCUACGUGCACGCCACCAGCUGCCAAGCUAGUGAGUGUGCCGCGCUAACCUGCUUGCUGCUGCUAACUCUUAAACAAAAUAACCCCCCAAUGUCACUGUCCACUCUGAAAAAGAGGAAAGUUGACAAUGUGAAUCGCCAGUUUAAUAAUGAAUGGACUGAGAAAUAUAUGUUUACUAAUAUCGGAAAAAAACCCCAUAUGUUUGCUGUGUAACGAAGCCUAUCGCUGUCUCAGAGGAAUACAAUUUGAGAAAACACGUCCAACAGUCUACACUCGAGCUUCAUCACACAUUUUCCAGAAGGGUCGGAAGCACGCAGACAGAAGGUGCAGAGCUCGCCUUGCUGCCCUCACGCCACAGAUGAAACCACUGCACUGUCUGAUGCAUCGGAGCGUUCUCCGCGCAAAAUUUAGCAGUGCGUUGAAAAGCUCCAUGGACAAUAUGAUGUCGAUGAUCAAUUUCAUCAGACUCACAUCGAGCCUACAGCGCCGCUUGUUCCGUAAACUUUUGUAACCCUGUGGUUAAAUUAUAGGCCUUAGAUAUAUUACAUUGCACUAUUAGAUAAGAGUUUGGCCUAUGUUUGUUAUUUUGUUAACCGUUUGAAUAUGAAUAUAUUAUACUGUUGAUAUUGUUCUGCAAAACAGUUGUUUACCAACGUGAAAUGCAUUUACUUUUAUUGCUGAAAACUUACCAUUGUUGUGAUUGGUUGGCUGUGGAGAGAAUAACUUACCUUGAAUGUGAUUGGUUGAGAGGGCAGCGGGGAACGUCAGCGCGAGCAGACUGAACGGGGAGAGAAAGUAGGUCACUCGUUCCUUGUGUGAGCAAAACGGAGCAGUUGAUGUCGAAUUGUUAUAUGCUAUUUUGCGGUGAGAGAAAAGUAAUUGAAGUUUAGUGAACAGUGAUUUGUGCGGGUGUCUGACCGAGACCCAUCCCGGGAACUGUUUGUGUGGAUUUGGGAGACAAACUGACUACUCGUCAGUCCCAUAUGUGGACCCAGCGACGUUACGGAGCGAGGUAGCCAGUCGGUGUUCGUUGCUAGCACAGCAAGACGCGCGAAUGGACUGGAUGCGGUAAGGGGCUUGCCCCACAGUGAGUCGGGCAAUCUUCUAGUUUAGCGAAGUAACGUUAUCAGUACAGUGUAGUGGUGGGUUCAUGCGACCAUCGAGGGACGCAGAAGGAGUCGUCUGUUGCCGUGUUGGUCUGCCGAGGCGAGCGCACGGUUCGACCGUGAGAUGGUGCUAACGGCUAACUAGCCAGUUAGCUAGGAUGGCUGCCUGCCUGACGUUCGCUGCUGUGCUGCGGUGAGAAGCGCGAGACGAAGAGGAGCAUUCUUUGUGAGUACAAGUUGGAUGUGCGGGCUUCCAAGGGGAGCGAAGAGGGCUGUUUAGGGUCCCAACGUACCCGAUAAAGAAACAGGCCUGCAACUGGGGGUUGACUUUCUUUUAUUUUAUUGCCGGCUUAGUUAUAGGGUUAUUGAGCUGUAUGCUAAUGUGUUAGUCUGAUUAAUUUGUGUAUAUCUGAAUGCAGAUGCUUGUUAGCCAUUGAGGCUUAUCACUUUCAUUCAUUCUAAUAAUUAUUACUCAUAAUACAUUUGUAUAUAUAAUUCUAUGUACCUGUG